GGGGUGAGGAACCUCACCUCCUUAAAAACACACUAACCCCUAGUAUCCAUAUCGGAUUGGUCCGAUCCAAAUUAGCCAUUCCUAUCUGAUCUGAAUUUUAAAUCCCUGCUCUGAAUCCUGUAUCCCUAUAUAUAUGCUAUUCAUUCCUGCGUAUUAGCCCAUCUCUCCAUCUCCCUCUGAGAUUUCAGUAGAGACAUGGAUACCUCAAGUGGUUCUGAGGCAGUAGUGAAGGGAGACAAGUACAGGUCUCAUAUUUUGGGAGAAGGAGAGAAGAACACUAAAUGGAAAUUUGGUGCUCCUAGCUAUGAUGUUGUCAAUAAGCUCUUUGAAGAAGAGCGAUCUAAGGAAUGGCCCAAGGGAUCCUUGGAAGAGACGGUGCAAAACCUUGUCAAAACAUUUGAAAUGGAGCUCUUCCAUAAGGCUCGUCCGGAAGACUACAAAACAAUAAACACUCAGAAGUUCAGACUCAUCAUCAAUGGAGGGAGACCCAUAUCCCUUGAGGAGGUUGCAAAGGUUGGAGGCUACAACGCGUUCUUGCAAAGCUCCUUACCAGACCGAUUACGUGCUUAUGAUCCAUCUACUGAGACAUCUGAGUCAUCCCAUCACGCAUUCGGAACAGCAUUUCCUCGUGGAUUUGCCUUGGAAAUCCUUCAGGUGUUUUCAGGUCCUCCGGUGGUUGCCUAUAAGUUCAGACAUUGGGGUUAUAUGGAGGGUCCUUUCAAAGGCCAUGCUCCAACUGGGGAGAGAGUUGAAUUGUAUGGAGUAAGCAUCGUUGAGGUUGACAAAUCCAUGCGAAUUGAGAAGCUGGAGUUCAUCUAUGAUGCCGCGGAAUUGCUUGCCGGACUUCUUAAAGGUCCUGUUUUGAAGGAAUUUGAAUCUGACACCUCACCAAAAUCAUCUCUCCAUUGCCCUUUCUUGAAAGAGGUGUAGGAGUUUGUCAUUAGGAGUUGAACUAUGUAUGAUCAUCCUGUUCCUAUGCGACAUUUUACUGAAAUUCCCUUAAAUUUGGCUAUGAGAUAGGAAAUGAAAACUGUUGGCGCUACAAGUGACACAUGAAUAUAUUAUGAAUAAUGAGUAAGGAGUGUUGGCAUCAA